AUGGCUGCCAAACGACUUGUCGUUGCUGGAGGAAGUGGUUUCCUAGGUUCCAGGAUCUGCAAAUCUGCAGCUGCACGAGGCUGGUCGGUUGUUUCGCUAAGUCGAUCCGGAGAACCGCGGUGGGAUGCCGUGACAGACUCCUCUGAUCGUCCUAGCUGGGCAAGCUCCGUGGAAUGGGCCAAGGCCGAUCUCUUGAAGCCAGAGAGCUAUAAGCCUUUCUUGACAAAUGCUUCAGCUGUUGUGCACUCAAUGGGGAUUCUGUUGGAGGCCGACUACAAGGGUGUUGUACAAGGAAGAGAGCCUAUUGUCAGUGGGCUUCAGCGCGCAUUUAGCUCAUCGAAGCUGGGCAGCCAAAACCCUCUCACACGACAUGAGGGCGAAGCUUUGGAACCAAAGGAAAAGGAUGGCCAGUUAACUUAUGAAUUAAUGAAUAGGGAUUCCGCCAUCGCAUUAGCCCAGGAGUCCUCAAGCGAGCAUGUCCCAGCCUUUGUAUACAUCUCUGCCGCGGCGGGUGCACCCGUCCUUCCAGCCAGGUACAUCACCACCAAACGAGAGGCCGAGGCCACCAUAACCUCCACCCUUCCUGAGCUGCGGAGUAUCUUCAUUCGCCCGGGGUUCAUGUAUGACAACAGCCGAAAGUUCACGCUGCCCAUUGCGCUGGGCGGAUUCGUUGCCUCGGAGUUCAACACUUUGCUAGGAAAUAAACUUGGCUUCCUCGGGGCCAUGGCCGAAAAACCACUAAAAGUCGAUAUGGUGGGUGAGGCUGUGGUUGAGGCGCUGGAAGACGAGUCGACCAGAGGUGCUGUGGGAACAAAGCAGAUUGAAGCACUGGCAACAAAAGCCUGGAGAAAAUCAAUGCUUUAA